AGAUGGCGGCGCGCGGCCGCCGCGCCGGGGUAAGGGUCGGGGUCGCUUCGCGGGCGUGAGGAGGCGACGACGGGCAGGGAGAACCAUGCUGCGCGCCUCUCUCCGACAGGUGUCGGCGGCGUUGAAGGAAGGACGAGUCACUCCCACGGAGCUCUGCCAACGAUGCCUGGCCCUCAUCAAAAGCACCAAGUUUCUGAAUGCUUACAUUACCGUAGCGGAAGAGACCGCUUUGAAGCAGGCUGAAGAAUCCGAGGAAAGAUAUAAAAGAGGUCAACCACUGGGCAUUCUAGAUGGAAUUCCUAUUGCUGUAAAAGACAACUUUAAUACAGCUGGCAUUGAGACAACAUGUGCAUCAAAUAUGUUAAAAGGUUAUAUUUCUCCUUACAAUGCUACAGUAGUUCAGAAAUUACUGGAUCAGGGAGCUGUGCUUUUAGGUAAAACAAACCUAGAUGAAUUUGCGAUGGGAUCCGGGAGUACGGAUGGAGUAUUUGGACCAGUCAGAAAUCCCUGGAGUUACUCAAAACAGUACAAGGAAAAGUCUGUCCCAAAAUCCCAUUCAGAAGAUGAAGAGUCUAACUGGGUGAUAACAGGAGGGAGCUCAGGAGGCAGUGCAGCUGCUGUGUCAUCUUUCACAUGUUUUGCAGCCUUAGGGUCAGACACAGGAGGAUCUACCCGAAACCCUGCUGCUCACUGUGGUGUUGUAGGUUUAAAGCCAACAUAUGGACUGAUCUCUCGCCAUGGUCUCAUUCCUCUAGUGAACUCCAUGGAUGUGCCAGGAAUCCUAACCAGAUGCGUGGAUGAUGCGGCAGUUUUGUUAGGUUCACUUGCUGGACACGAUCCGAAGGACUCUACCACAAUUCAGGAUGACUUUAAGCCAUUUGAACUACCUAAUUUGACUGAUGUCAGCAAGCUUUCAAUAGGAAUUCCAAAGGAAUAUCAUGUACCAGGGCUGUCCAGUGAAAUUCUGGCUCUCUGGUCAAAGGCUGCUGAGCUGUUUAAGAAUGCAGGUGCUAAAGUGGUUGAAGUGAGCCUACCACACACUCGUUACUCAAUUGUCUGCUAUCAUGUGCUGUGCACAGCAGAAGUGGCAUCAAAUAUGGCCAGGUUUGAUGGACUGGAAUAUGGACAUCGUUCUGACAUGAAGGAUUCCACCGAAAGUAUGUAUGCUGCAACGCGGCGAGAAGGCUUCAAUGAUGUCGUAAGAGGAAGAAUUCUGUCAGGAAACUACUUCUUGUUGAAGCAGAACUAUGAGAAGUACUUUGUCAAGGCACAGAAAGUGAGACGUCUCAUUGCCAAUGACUUUGUGAAGGUUUUCAGGAGCGGUGUUGAUAUUUUACUCACUCCCACCACUCUGAGUGAUGCAGCACCAUACACGCAAUUCAUCCAAGAGGACAACAGGACCCGCAGCGCUCAAGAUGACAUCCUGACACAGGCUGCAAACAUGGCUGGACUGCCAGCCAUAAAUGUUCCUACAGCUCUUUCAGAGAGAGGCUUGCCAGUUGGACUUCAGUUCAUUGGACGUUCAUUCCAGGAGAAGCAGCUUCUCACUGUAGCCAAAUGGUUUGAAAAACAAGUACAAUUCCCAGUGAUUCAACUAGAAGAAGUAAAGAGACAUGACAGUGGUGUCUUUCAGCAUCAGAAAUCUGCUUCUUUUUCAUAGCCUGGAACUUGUUAGUCAGAGCAAGAAAGCUGUGGAGGUCAGGAAAUUUCUGCAGUUAAUUGUCUUUUGCAGAAGUAAUAAUGAAGACAUUAUGCAGUAAUCCACGAUGGAAUCGGGACAGCUUGUUACAGUGUAAUUUAGGUAAAGUAAAUUAAGUAAAUAUUACCAUGUUAUUAAGAGCCAUUUCUUACUGAUACGAAAAACUCCAAGUUGAGAUUUUGUAUGUUUUGCCUGUGAAGCUGAUUUUUCAGUCCUCAGAGGGUGUGUAAGGUAUCUGAGCAAUUAAAGAACUAACCUGAA